AUGGGAAGGCGACCUUGCUGUGACAAAGUUGGCUUGACCAAAGGGCCAUGGUCUGCUGAUGAAGACAUGAAACUCACCAGUUUCAUUCUUACGAAUGGCCAAUGCUGCUGGAGGGAUGUCCCUAAACUUGCAGGGCUCUUGAGAUGCGGAAAGAGCUGCAGAUUGAGAUGGACUAACUAUCUCAGACCAGACUUGAAGAGGGGGUUAUUGUCAGAACAUGAAGAGAAGAUGGUCAUUGACCUCCAUUCUCAACUUGGCAACAGAUGGUCCAAGAUUGCUUCUCAUCUCCCUGGAAGAACUGAUAAUGAGAUCAAGAAUCACUGGAACACUCACAUAAAGAAGAAGCUGAUAAAUAUGGGGAUUGAUCCUGUCACUCACAAGCCACUGCCCCAACCAACAUCUGCUACUGAUCAAUCCCAAGACGAGCAGCCAAAGAAUCACCCCGAUUCUGAUCAAGAAACCAAGAAAGAGCCUACAUCGUCUGUUAGUAUUAAUGAUAUAAUCUCUGAAAUGGAUGAGCAAAAAAGAGAGGCGGAGACUUCAAUGCAGUCAACCUUAACAGAUGCCAUACAAGAAGAAGAAGACAAGAGCAUUAGUAUUCCUCAAUGUCAAAUCGAUUCUUCCUCUGUGGAAUUCAACAAUGUUUUCAGCAUAGAUGAAGUUCCCAUGAUUGAACCUGAUGAAAUAUUUAUACCAUUCGCAAGAGCUUCAUCAACCCUUGCUUCAACAUCAUCAUCAUCAUCAUUGUAUUCUUCUUUUGACCGCAACUCAAGUAAUUGCAAUAUGAACGUGGAUUUCUGGGAUGAUGACUUCAUCAGCAAUUUGGACAUGUUGACGAAUGAUGAUAGUGACAGGAACAAUUUAGCUGCUGUCAUCGGACUUGAACCUUCUCCAGCACAGUACCAUGUAGAAAUGUUGGACGAGGUAUCUGUAAUUGGAAGUCCUGUAAAGUGCAUAAAACAACUCGUAGAACGGGAGAAGUUACUUGAAGAAGAAGUGAAGAAGAGGAAGCCGACGGAGGAAUCGGUUGUUUCUCCAACAAAGAAACUCGUCCUUGUGAGAAUGUUUCAAGUAAAAAUCACAGGAGAAGAAGUGCUAAUAAGAGUCCAGUGCAAGAAUCACAAAAAGAUACUGUUGGAGUUCAUUUCCUUGAUUGAAAAGAUCGGUUUAAGCAUCAAAAGCUGCAGCUUUGUACCACUCGAAGAUGAGAUGCACCUUAUUAAUGCAGUGGCACAGUUGGACAAGUUAUCUACUAUCAUUGAAGGUGCUUUCAAGUACAUAAAGGAUUUUCAAGAAGACAAGAAGAGGAUUCUUGAGGAAUAUUCAGCUGUAACUUCAAAGAAAUCUCGACUUUCUUCUCUUGAUGACACCACAUCAUCUGAGGAAAACCUUGACAGCAGUGCAGAACAAUCACCAUUAAACAUUGAUAUAAACACUGCAGGGGAUGAUGUGGUCUUUGUUAUCCGUUGCAGAGAGCAUAAAGGGAUCAUAGAUGAAAUUUCUGGUGAAGUAGAAAAACACCAUCUUCGUGUCAUCACCAAUUGUUCUAUGGAAUCCGGAAAUGGUGAACUCGUGGUCAAAUUUGGGUGUUUCUUGGUUGCAGAUGGAUGUCGGAUUCAGCUUGACGAUAGGGGACCCUGCGACUAA